AUCAGCACAGAGGGUGCCCCCCCCACCAGAGAAUGGAUGUUACAUCCCACAGGGGCCUGGCCGCCAGGAUGGGUGGGGGGCGUGGAGGGCUGAGAGGAGGAAGGGCCUCCCUUGGGUUGGGGUCUGGCUGUGAACCACAUCACCGAACUGAGGCUGGGGCUGGGGCUUCAAGAGCCAGGGUCCCCUCAGACCCCAGGGCAGCACGUGGUCAGUGUCAGUAACUCUGGCUAAGGACUAAGCCCCUCUUCAUUCUCCUCAGCAGGCCCCAGGCUCAGCAGGUGCCUCUUACCCCUGCAGUGCCCUUUCUCCCAUGUCCAGGGGAAGGUGCUGGACAGGAGUGAGGCCCCACAGAGGACUGGGUGUCGUGGGUGUCCCUCUGCUCGAUGACCUCCAGCCUGGGGAUGGGGGGAGGAGAGGCUUCAGGAAGGGCCCCUGACGCAUGGCUGUCAUGAGAACUGGGGCUGCAGAGGGAGCGAACAGCAGGAAGCGACCACUUGGACCACAGAUGCUUCCUGGCUUGGGGUGGGGGUUGCCGAGGUAGGGCAGCAGCUCAGCGCAGCACCCCCCCCCCGCCCCCCGCAUCUUGCUGGGCCCUGUGAGGAGCCUCAGCUGGGUGGAGUUGACCUUGGUUUGCCCAGUCCUCGGCUGAGUCCCUCAGGCAGGAUUGGGGUGGGGGCCAGGAAGGGGUCUUCCUGGUUUAUCUCCCAGCUCUCCACCCUCCGGGGCUGAGGCAGGAAGCUGGGCUGGGGGUCUGCGGGCAGGAAGCCGAGGGGCCCAGACUACCGAGCCUGUCGGCAGUGACAUGCGGAGGCUCCUGCUGCUCGGGGCCCUGGUGCGGGGGCUCAACCCUGCUGGCGGCACCCGCACCCCCAGCAUCUACGACGAGACCCCUGAGGACCAGAGCGCAAGCGGGGCCGAUGGCAGCGAGCUGGGGCCCUGGUUCAGACACACAGAAGUGACAGCCCCGCAUCUGCCCUGCCCACGCAGCUUCCCUGGCCGCCUCUGCUCCAACGACAGCGACACCCUGCUACUGCCGGACAGCUCACAGGCGCUGCUGCUGGGCUGGGUGCCAACGCGCCUGGUGCCUGCCCUCUAUGCCUUAGCUUUGGCGCUCGGACUCCCGGCCAACGGGCUGGCGCUGUGGGUACUGGCCACACGUACGCCGCGCCUGCCCUCCACACUGCUGCUCAUGAAUCUGGCAGCCGCCGACCUGCUGCUGGGACUGGCACUGCCGCCACGCAUCACCUACCACCUGCGCGGUCAGCGCUGGCCCUUUGGCGAGGCCGCCUGUCGCCUGGCCACGGUCGCACUCUACGGCCACAUGUACGGCUCGCUGCUGCUGCUGGCGGCUGUCGCCCUUGACCGUUACCUGGCCGUGGUGCACCCGCUACGCGCCCGCGCCCUGCGCGGCCGGUGUCUGGCCACUGGACUCUGUGCCGCCGCCUGGCUGGUGGCCGCCGCGCUAUCGCUGCCCCUCGCGCUGCAGCGACAGACCUUCUGGUUGGCAGGCGCGGGCGCGGGCCAUCUGCUGUGUCACGACGCGCUGCCACUCGACGCGCAGCUCUCGCACUGGCGGCCCGCCUUCGCCUGCCUGGCGCUCCUUGGCUGCUUUGCGCCGUUGCUGGCCAUGGCGCUGUGCUACGGCGCUACGCUGCGCGCGCUGGCGGCGGGCGGCCGGCGCUACGAUCACGCUCUGCGCCUGGCCGCCCUCGUGCUGGCCUCGGCCCUGGCCUUCUUCGCGCCCAGCAACGUGCUGCUACUACUGCACUAUUCGGACCCGGGGCCGCGCGCCUGGGGCAACCUCUACGCCGCCUAUCUGCCCAGCCUGGCGCUCAGCACCCUCAACAGCUGCGUGGACCCCUUCGUCUACUACUACGUGUCGGCCGAGUUCCGUGAAAAGGUGCGCCACGCGCUCCGCAGACUGACGCCUGGAAACGCAGGCGCGACUUCCAAGCCCUCCGGGGAAGGGGUUGGUGCGGGGAACGGCACCCGCUCUACCUCGUUGGUAUGACUGACCUGCAGAUGGGAUGCUGAGCCCCAGGCAUCCGGACCCCGGAUUAGGUGGAUCCCAGACCAGCCGGAUCCCCUAAGUCAGCAGAACCUCCAGACCAGAAGGACCCCCCGGGCUAGCCAGACUCCUGGCCCUUCUGGACCUCCAGACCAGGUGGACUCUGGGACCGACUACAGUUAAGCCCCCUCCAGAGAUGGGAGCCCCCUAACCUUCUACAGGAUCCUGCUCAGGGGGAGUCCCGGCUGCCACCACCUCCCCCUUCCCCCCCAAUUGCCCCAGCCGCUCGCGCCCCAGCAACCCUGGUUCCAAAUUUGGGCGGUGCCCAGGGUUUGGGGCAUCUCCUGAGCAAUCAAAACGGAGCCCCUCUGGUGGUGAAAUGUUUUGGAUAAGGAUAACCGUGGCACAACAUGAAAAACGUAAUCAAUGUCAUUGAACUGUAAAUGUGGAAGUCGUGCUGGCGGAUGUUCUGGUGUGUAUGUUUUCACCACAAUAAACAGAACGAAACAAAAAAAAACCCAGAGCCCUCGACUCUGCCCCAAAGCAUCAACUCUGUCAUGGGGGAUACAGGUCCCAGUCUCUUCCUCCUCUGUCUCCAGGGCCCUAGAGACUCCAGCUUCUCCUCUAAACCACUCUUUGACCUCUCGAUUUGAUGUUAACUCCCCCCAGGACUAGGUGAGGCCGGCGGUGGGCUCUUGGGGGCCUGGUACUCAGACCUAUAGCCCUGUGACCCCCCUCCACAAUGCUCCAGUCUGCUGGUAAACCCCAACCCCAUUCACCCCAACACCAUGAGCCACCUGGAGCACUGU